CGUGCUCUCAAGCUGCAUCACAUUCAGUUGUGUAGUUAGCUCAAGCUAACAGGCUAGACUUGGUCUGCAGCUGUAACUAUCAGAUCCAGCACUGGGUUUAUUUAUUGAAAGAGCCGAUCCAGUCCGUUGACGAGAUACUGGUUUGAUCAGGAAUCUGCACUUACUGGUUCCAGUCAGUGCUGUUAGCAUCGGCAGCUAGCCCAAGCUUGGCUCCAGCGACCGAAAACCAAAACAGAGCUUACAGAAGCUAGCUGGAGCCAAACGCUGGCUAUCAGGCUGAGAGCUGGACAACAUGGCGACAGAGGAGAAGAAACCAGAGACAGAAAACAUAAAACAGUCUUCUUCAUCUUCAGGGUCGGGCAGCAAGUCUAAUCCGGCCAAACCAAACUACACAGUCAAGUUCACGCUGGCCGGACACACAAAGGCCGUCUCUUCUGUCAAGUUCAGUCCUAAUGGAGAAUGGCUUGCCAGCUCCUCUGCUGAUAAGCUGAUAAAGAUUUGGGGAGCAUUUGACGGAAAGUUUGAGAAAUCUAUCGUCGGACACAAACUGGGGAUCUCUGAUGUCUCCUGGUCUUCAGACUCCAACCUUCUGGUUUCUGCCUCAGAUGACAAAACUCUCAAGAUCUGGGACAACAACUCGGGGAAGUGUCUGAAGACUCUGAAAGGUCACAGUAACUACGUCUUCUGCUGCAACUUCAACCCUCAGUCCAACCUGGUAGUGUCUGGAUCGUUUGACGAGAGCGUUCGAAUCUGGGACGUUAAGACGGGGAAGUGUCUGAAGACCCUGCCGGCUCACUCGGACCCGGUCUCGGCUGUUCACUUCAACAGAGAUGGCUCGCUCAUCGUCUCCAGCAGUUACGACGGUCUCUGUCGUAUCUGGGACACAGCUUCAGGACAGUGUCUGAAGACUCUGAUUGAUGAUGACAAUCCGCCAGUUUCUUUUGUGAAGUUUUCUCCAAAUGGGAAAUACAUCCUCGCUGCUACACUGGACAACACAUUGAAGCUUUGGGACUACAGCAAAGGAAAGUGUUUGAAGACAUACACCGGCCAUAAAAACGAGAAGUACUGCAUCUUUGCCAACUUCUCUGUCACAGGAGGGAAGUGGAUCGUGUCAGGUUCUGAGGACAGCAUGGUUUACAUCUGGAACCUUCAGACCAAAGAGAUCGUUCAGAAACUACAAGGACACACAGACGUGGUGAUCUCGACCGCCUGUCAUCCAACAGAAAACAUCAUCGCUUCAGCGGCUUUAGAAAACGACAAAACCAUCAAACUGUGGAGGAGUGACUGUUAGACUCAAGGAGAGCAGAGAGAGUCUGAACUAUCCUCUACUGUCCUGUUUAACUCUACAGAUUAUUACUGAUAAUCCACAUAAACACAGUUUAGUUUAAUCUGAUGUGAACACACAGUCAUGAACACACAGUCAGAGCAGGCCCCACAGUGUCCCACGUUCAGAACGUCCUCCCUUUCAAAUGAAAUGACUUUCAGUACCUCUUGGGUACAAAAUUAUUUACCAUCUCUAAAAGACAUUCAUUAUAAAACAAUUCCGGAAAGAUUUUAGUUUUUUUAGAUUAAACUUUGAUGUGGUUUAAUGUUUUAUGAUGUAAUCCAAAAAAAAAAAAACAGCUACUGAGCUAUAUUUUUUAAAGCCACAGAGGAGUAAAAUAAAUGCUAAAUCCAUUUGAGUGACUAAAAGUGGGCAGUUUGCUAAUAGACAAAAGAUAAAAUGUUAUUUCCUCAGAGGAGUAUUUUCCGAUAUGUUCAUUUAUAGCAAAUCUUUAAAAAUGUAUUUUAACACAAAAACUGAGCUGAUGUCCUUAAACCUGAUUAUAAGUCAUUGUAAGUUUUUUUUUUUUCUUCUUUCAAGAGAAAGAUAGAAUAACAUUUUAAAAAAGAACUCAAGUUAUUACAACGUGAUACCAUCCCAGAAAAACUUGACAAAAAAGUCUCUAUAUAUGUUUUUUCAGACAGAAGAUAAUUAACCAGUACCAGAAAACUGUAUUUGAUUAAGCAAAAAGUCAUGAUUUUUCCAAAGCAAAUAAACCCUUUUAUUUAAAAGAAAUAUUAAAUAGUCAUCAUUGAGUCAUCAGAUAAUAUAUUUAAUUUGUGUUGUUAACUAUUUAUUGGCCGUUAAAUUUGGGACACACCGUCUACCCCUCUGACUGAUCUGUUGCUAUAGUAAUUAUGUGUGUGUUUAUGGCUAUCUGUCCUGUGUGAUCAUCUGAUUGAACAAUAAGCACUAGCUCUUCAUCAAAAUAAUCAUCACUCUCCUCAUACUGUUCCCACAAACUUUAUUCAGCUGAACGCGACAAUAAAUUAAUAUUGUUCAGGAGAAUUUUUUUUUCUGUUAUUUGUAAAUAAAGAUUUUGACUAUGA